UUGAGAUUCACGGGAUAUGGAGCUCCAUACGACUAUGGUGACUUCUACAGCGAGCUCUACAGUAGUGAUAGUGGUGAGGAUAUAUACGACUGGCUCCAAUCCCCCCACCCACGUCGCGGGGACGUGGAGAUAGAACUAACGUCGCCGGCCGGGACGAGAUCCAUUCUCCUGCCAAACAGAGACUACGACUUCGUCAACACUGAGGGAUACGACAACUGGCCAUUCAUGUCGGUCCACUUCUGGGGAGAGGAUCCCACCGGUACCUGGACCCUGCGUACCACCUUCCGGGCUUCUUCUGGCCACAUUGCUGUGAAAGAUGCGUCAGUUACAAUGUUAGGUGUAGCGGAGGUCCCUAUCUCUGCUUCCACUCUCCCUCCCUCCUGCCAUCCUACCUGUGUCAGAGGGUGCCACGCCGAGGGACCUGAGAAUUGUGACGCAUGCAAAAACUUUCGAUUGAUCUCAACGCUCGAGUGUGUAGACGAUUGCCCAAAUGGGACCCACCCCUUUAAUAAGUACUGUGUGAUUGAUUCGGAAGAUGAUGUCAACGGAAUUCAGUGUCCAACAGACGAAGUAGAGAGCUACAUUGAUGCCAAGAGUGUUGGGCUAGGUGUGUGGCAGUGGUUGUACUGGUAG